UUUACAAACAAGCGGCUGCAUGCUUUCUGUUACAAAUUGUAUUAAACUUUUUUCCCAAAUUGAAAGCAUUUUAAAUAGAAAAUGACUUCGGAAAAUGCUCAGGUUUUGUUACCAGUAGAGGCAGAGUCAUAUGUCGAACAUUUACAUUCAUUCAAAGUAGCAGAAAUAGGAAAUUAUGAUUGGGGAAGACAACAUGAAAUGAUAGAAAAGAUAAAUAUGCAGGCUGUGCUAAAUGCUUCUGUACAAGAAGAUGAGUUUAUUAAAGAUUUUCUCAUAUCAUAUGGAAAGACCGAGGUUCUCAUUAAAGAUCUGCUCACAACAGAGAUCUGGAAAGAAAAGAUAUUUACUGAACUUAUCGAGAUGGAAUUUGAACCAAAAACUACAUUUCCAAUAUACAUGGUUUUAUUUCAUGAAGCUACACUAGUGAAUCUGUUAGAGACUACAAUGUAUUUUAAAGAGACGUGUGAGAGUGCAGAGAAUUGUAUACCUGAUUUAUUAGACUACUGCUACAGAAAACUUACACAACUCACUGCAAGGACAGUAGAAGAUUUUGAUGAUGAAGAAAUUGAUACUAAUGAUGCCUUAAAUAGUAUGUCCUCAGCAUCUAAUAUGGAGGAGUUAGAAAAACAGGAAAAGAAGUUAAAUUUUGAAAUUUGUAUCAAAUCCUUGUCCUUGUUAAGAUAUAUAACUGAUUGUAUAGAUAAUUCACCUUUAAGUGUUACAACCAGAAUAUUGAACACAUUAGAUAUACCUAUACUGUUGGUACAUUUAGUAGAAAAUCCACCAUGGACAAGACAGAAAGAUGGUAAAACAUUUAAAUAUAUAGAUAGUAAAUGGCAGGAAAUAAGUAGAGAAGAUAGUUUAAAAAUCACUAAAAUAGAAGGCCAGGUAUGGUUAUCUAUAUUCAAGCUUCUGAUGGAUCCACAAUGUCAACAGAAAUAUGAACUAGAUUCAUAUAGAAAAAAUGUCAUAAUUAAGCUCAGAGCAUACCUAACAGAGAUCAUGUUAGAUCAAAUUCCAGUCUUAGGAGAGUUACUCCGAUACUUGGAGCACCUGUCUAUGAUGGAACCACCAGCUGUCAAGAAAGAACUUAUUUUAGAACAGAUACCAGAAAUGAGAGACAACAUUCUACAAGCAAAUGAGGGAAGAUGGAAGAAAAUUGCAAAGAAACAAUCUAAAACAGUAUUUAAUCCAUCUGAGAGUGAUAUGAGAGCACAAGCCAAAAGAUGGGCAGAAACAUACAAUUUCGAUGCAGUAGAGAGUUUAAUAGCAGAACCACCAAAGUGUGCAUUGUGUGGAGAAGAAGCUAGUAAAAGGUGUUCUAGGUGUCAAAAUGAAUGGUAUUGCAGACGUGAAUGUCAAGUGAACCAUUGGCCUAAACACAAAACAGCUUGUAACCUAUUACAGGAAUCUCUACAGAAAUUGAAAUUACAAGAGAAGAGCAGCUGACCAGAGUAUAGCCAAUCAUAAUUGUUGUUUUGAAUGAAUCAUUGUUGCACAUCAAAUUCAAAUAUUAUGAAUAGAUUCUUAAAAUUCUUGAAAGGAAUAAAUGUUUAUAUUCCAUAUUUGUGAAACUAUCAAAAGCAAAGGUUGAUAUUUUGUAUUUGGUUACUUGAUGAUACAAUGACUGAUAUACAGUAGACUCUGGCAAAUCGGAUACCCAAAAUGUCAGCUAAAAAUAUCCGAUUACCCGAUAUAUUCAAUUAGACGAUGAAUGUAUAUUCAUUGAAUAUUCUGCAAUAAUGAGUAGAUAUAAUCCUGAGAUGUUACUAACCCUGACAAUUGCUAAAUAUGUGAAAGGGCUGGAGGAUUGAUGGAGUGAUUUUUAUCAGUUACAUCACCACGAUGUUUGUGUAAAAAAUGAUCAGCUGAUUAUGUAAUGAUUAAAUUUGUUUGCAGUUUUUAAAUCCUUUAUUUAUUAAAAUAAAUCAAAUGUCCUGAAAUAUUUAUGUGAAUUAUUAUCUACCAUCCAUAGUUUGUCUUUAUUUGUUUUGUAAGCAAAUUAAUAUCCAUUAUUUACAUUAUCAUACAGGUAAACUAAUUUGGCUAUAAAUAGAUCUAAGCAUGUCUGUGUAGAAUCUCCAAACUAAAAUCGUAUUUGUUAUAAUUUUAUUUCUUUAAAUAAUCAAAUUUAAAUUUAUGAAAAUAAUCAUGAUUGAUAAAAUAUUAUUGCCUAAAGUUUACGUUUUCUGAAGACUAUUUAUAUUUAGGUCAUAGUUCUAGAGGCUUCCUCACAAAUUUGUAAACAUCCAAAAUGGCGUCCAUGACAUGUGGUUACUUUUGCACAUGUGAAAAAAAUAUAUCUGACAAAAGUCAGAUUUCUCUUGUCAAAAGGGAUUUAUAUUUAUAUUGCAAUAAAUUAUUCAGAAGGAGGUACAUUCAGUUUAGAUUAUAUUUCUGAUUCUGUGAACAUUUAGAGUUUAAUCAAAAUUCUCCAAACAGCAGCGUCAACUUGUCAACUGAGUCUUGCAUAUUUUAUAAAUGAAUUCAAACCAUUUGAAGUAAAAUCGCAUCUAAUUCACAUGACAAAGGAAGACAAUGAUUAAAGACAACAAUUUAUUAAGGAAUAGUUCCUUUUAUUUAGUAAAAACAAAAUCUUCUUGUCUGCAAGAUUGUAAAUUUGUAACUUCCGGGUCCAUUUCCUGUCAGAAAAACAUUGAAAAUAUUCGACUGUGCAUGGUUUUGAACAAAAUGACCUGAAUAUUCUUAUCCAAAUUGCCAAUAUAUUCUUAUAUCCGAUAUUCGAUUACACGAUAAAAUUAACAUUAAUCAUAUAGGGAAUGGUUUGGUGUUUUGAAAUAAUAUUACAAUUGCCGAUAUAUUCGUUUAGCCGAUAUCCGAUUAGGUGGAGUCUACUGUACAACUAUUAAAGGGAAACAACUGUAAGAAUAUUAUUGGUUACACUAAAGCCAUAGGAAAUAUUCUUCCAUUAAAAAGUAAAAUACUAAUAUCUAUUUUAUGUAAAAUUUAAAAGUACAAACUAAAGUUCCCAUGAACUUUAUGUAUUUUUUCAAAAUUUCAAAAAUUUUGUGGUACCCUCAAAUAAACAGGCUCUCACGUUAACAGAAUAGAUGUUCAUCAUGUUUGUUUUGUAUUAUGCAUUUAAAAACUGUUAUACUUUUUAAUUGUUCUCUGUUAUGUUCAAGAGGUUAGUGUUCAUUAUAUAUACAAGUAUUGUAUUAUUGAUUGAUUUUUUUGUUUACUGUGAUUUUAUUUUUGUAUUAUUUUAUUUGCUAAGAACAAGGAAUUAUUUGAAUCCCGAAUAAAUUUGAAUUCUUUAAAAUUGAUAAGAAAUAUGUGAUGAAAACUAACCCAAUUAAGGAGGAUUAGCUAUUUAUGCAUGGCUAAGGGGGUUAGUUAGUUCAUACUGAAAUAUCAGUGAAAGUGAAAUUAACCUUAGUCAUGCGUGCAUGGCUAACCCUCUUUAGUUCAAUAGUUUUAUCAUACAUUUCUUAUCAAUUUUCCAUAAUUCAAAAUUAUUCCAAAUUCAAAUAAUUCUUUGUUUAAGGACUAUUCCCAAUAGAAAUGUACUAGUGAAUUGAUAAACAUUUUUAUACAUUCCCACAAACAUAAUGUGGCAAUUUAUACAUCUAUUUGAAUGUCAUAUUUGGAUAUAAUAAUAAAAGGAGACAGUAUACACUAAUCAGACAGAAACUAAAGAACACAGACAGUCAAGAGACAUAUAGAGGUUAACUAUCUAUCUUCAACAAUUGACAAGUACCUACAAAAUAUGUCUAGAUAAUACUGUGGAUUCAUUAUUAUUCGUUAGAUACCAAGUUUCGUGGAUUUUGUGAUUACCCAGGAACCACAAAUUCCAGUGUACCAAGAAUAACAAAUUUUCAAUAAAAGUGUAUGCAGACUUUGGCAAUAACCACAAUAUCAAAUAUCCACAAAAAUGCAAGUUUUCCUCAAUCCACGAAAAUUGGUACCCACAAAAUAACUUAAUCAAAAGUAAACUCACGUCUUAACAGUGGAUCAAUACAGUCCAAAGCAUUCCGUUUUAACAUUUAUCAAUAAAUGCUUGAUAUGUCUUCAAAGGCAUUUUUGUCCUCAGAACGAAUUUCAUUACAGGUGUAAAAGGUAACAAACAAGAAACAUUUACAUUUUCAUUAAAGUUGAUUCCAUAUUUUAAAUGAAGUGAAAUAAAAUCUCUCUUAUUUCAUAUAUGUAGUCUUUUAUAUCACAAACAUUUAUACAAAGUUUAGAAAAGUAUUCAAGACAGUGAAUUUUCGUGAUGACAGAAGUUUUUUUGAAAAAUCAUUUAGAAUCAUAAUCCUUUUUAUUCAUAUGUUAAUGGUGAAAAUAUUCAUAUUUCAAUGUUGAUGUCAUAUUCAUAUUUUAAACAAAAUCUACAUCACAUUGGUGCAAAUAUCAAGUCCAUUUAUACAAAUCUACAUUCCGUCCAUAUAAUUUAAAGUUGUAUAUAUUGUAUAUUGUUUGUCUUAUUUUAUUAAUAAAUGAAAAUUAAUGCAA